ACAGCAACCAGCGCGGCCAUGGCGGGCCCGGGGCGGCUGGAGGAGCUGGAGCUGAGCUCCGAGGAAGCGGAGCGGCUGCAGCGGGCCUUCCGCGACGAGCGGUUCCGGGCGCUGUUCGCCGAGUACGCGGCGGAGCUGACCGACCCGGAGCAGCGGCGGCUUUACGAAGAGGAGGUGACGGCCCUGGAGCGGGAGCGCGGCGUGGAGGUGCGCUUCAUCCACCCGACGCCGGGCUACGUGCUGCGCACCAGCCAGGCCGGCUCCCGCCGCUGCUACCUCAACAUCUGCAGCAACCCGCACAUCGCCCCGCCGCAGGCCCGCGCCGAGCCGGGCGGCCACCGCUGGGAGCUGCCCCACAGCCUGGCGCCGGGCCGCGAGGAGCUGGGCCGGGCCGGCCGCCGCUGCUUCGUUUACGACGUGGUCUUCCACCCCGCCGCGCUCCGCCUGGCCGCCCGCAGCGCCCGCUUCCGCCGCCUGCUCAGCGACGCGGCCAUGGAGGCCGUGGAGAGCCGCUUCUCCGCGCAGCUCGACCGCACCAACGCCUCCGUCCUCCGCGGCACCCGCUACAAGGGCAUCCCGCAGGCGCCCGUCAUCCGCUCCCCGCUGCCCGGCGGCGCCCCGCGGCCGCCCUCCGACACCGACCCGCCGCUGCCCCCUCCGCCCGGCCCUCCGCCCGGCCCGCCUCCCGCCGCUCCCCCGCCGGCCCCCGGCCCCACCACGCCGCGCUGGAGCGUCCGCCACCGCUCCUACGUGGACCUACAGGACUACCGCUGCGGCCGCGACUCGGCGCCCGGCCCGGUGCCCCGGGAGCUGGUGGUGACGGUGGAGCUGCCGCUGCUCCGCUCCGCCGCCCAGGCCGAGCUGGAGGUCCGCCCGCGGGAGCUGCGCCUCGACUCGCGGCGGCCCGCCUACCGCCUCCGCCUCCGCCUCCCCUACCACGUGGACGAGAGCGCAGGCCGCGCCGUUUUCGACAAGGCCAAGCGGCAGCUGCUGGUUACGCUGCCGGUCGUGCCGCCGCCCGGCCCGGGGACGCCGCUCGGGGAGGCCGGUGGGGAGCGGCGGGAAGAGCCCCCGCCCGGCCCGGAGCUCCCCGAGGAGCCGGCGGCCGCUUCCUCCCCGCCGCCCCGCUCCGAGGCCGCUUCCCCGAGCGCCGGCCCCCAGCCUGGAGCCGCUUCCCCCGCUCCGAGCGCCGGCUCCGAGCCGGCUCCUCCCGGCGGAGCCCCGUCUCCGUGCCCGCCCGAGGGCAGCCCCGACCACAUGGCUCAUUCCCGGGGCGGGGGUGACUCCGGUCCCGCCGCUGCCGUGUGCCCUCCCUUCCAGUGCCGCCAGGAUGAGGCCUCCCUCACCCUGCUCCUGCUGGUGCCCGGCAUUCAGCCCCAAAGCCUCAGCGGGGAGGUGGCCGCCAACCGCUACAGCGUCCGCUUCUCCAGCGGUGCUGUUGCCUAUGCCCUCAUCCUGCAGUUCCCCGCCGCCAAUAGGCUGGCUGCCCCCGAGACCAGCGUCAGCGUGGGCGCCCACAACACUGCCAUCCUGCUUUCCAAGGCCACGGAGAGCACCGGGCUUUGGGAGAAGUACUGCUUCGGCCUCGAUGCCUCCGCUCUGCAGGAGAGGUUGUUUGUCAGUGAAGAAAACAUUGAUGGAUUCCUACGCACUGUUCUGUGCCCCUCCUCGUGCACGCAGUCGGACCUGGAAGCUCAGACGUUAAUUGAGGUGCUCGAUGUGUCUGAGGACAGAAGUCAGAUCAGGCUGAAGCCGCGGGAAGCAGCCGGUUCUGAACAUGAUGAAACCAACCAAGCAGUGAGCAGCUCAGGAGGAGACGUUGCUGCGAAGAACAACGAGGACCACCUCCAACCGGAGCCAGAGCCAGAGCAUACCGCCGCUGCCACGGCUGAGGAACGGCCUACAGAAAGCCAGCGAGCUGCCACAUCUUUUGUAACAGCUGAAACAAUAGAAGUGGAUGGAGGUUCACAACAUUGUUUGCAGCAGGAACCUUCUGACACCGGUGCAGCACUUCCUGGCAAACCCGGGGGAAAAGAGCAAGCUUUAGAUGAGGCGUUUGCAGGCCUGGGGCUGGAGGGGGGCCGGGCAGGGGGGGCGGGGAGCCCAGCUGUAUCCCCAGUCUUGCAGGAGGUGGGUGCAGAUGGGAGCGUGCAGAGCAUUGCAGACCACAGCACACACUGCAGCAUUGCCUUCCAGAACUCCGUGCUGUAUGAACUGGACUAGUGGGGCCGCGCCAGCUUUUCCUCCUCUCGUUUGACUCUGGUUUAUGGCUGCAGGGCUGAAAGCAGAACCGGGUUCCUUCUUAAACUUUAGUCUGUCAACGAAGAAUACUUAAGCCAUUAAUACUUUCUGAAGCUAA